UGCAGCUUUAAGUGUGUGUUAUUGAACAGUAAGUUGCAUUUCAUGUCACUGUUUACAUUAUAUUAGUCAUGCACAUGUCGAGUUUAGCACAUAUUAUUUCCCUCAGAGUUUACUCUGUGUAAUCCUGUGUAGUCAGCAGCUAAAUGUGUUAAUAAGCUAAGUAAGCUAGCAUUGUGUAUCUGUAGCACUUCAUAUUGUGCAUAUGCAUAGAGAACAUGUGUAUAGCAUCAUUCCCUUAGUUACCGCUUACAUGCAAGUUCUGACUGAAAACUGGUGUAAGCAGACCACUAUCUCAAAUCUACUGCUGAUAAUCUGAAUAAUCCUUCCAAAUCUUGGCAAGUAGUUGUAAAUCUGACAUCCUAGAGGUGUGCCUCAAGGAUCAAUUUUAGGUCCACUGUUGUUAAGUAUCUACAUCAACAACAUUGGGAGACAUUGAGACAGCUGAUGUACAUUUUUAUGUGGAUGACACUGUUCUCUAUUCAAGCAGCAGUAGUUUGACUUUGGCUUAAAAACGAACUCAAAUGGCUUUUAACAUCAUUCAACAGAAUCUGUACGAUUUGAAGCUUGUUCUGAAUUGCUCUAAAACAAAAUACAUGUUAUUUUUCCAAUACUAAACACUCUGAAAAUCAUGUCAUUACUACCUUGAAAAGGAAGUCUACAGAGCAAGUAAAGACAAAUAUCUAGGAGUUUGGGCGGAUGAGAAGCUGAGCUUCACUAAUCAUGUUGAGGGCCUGGUAAAGAAGAUCAAAUUGAGAACAGUUUUUUUCCAGGCUUGUUUUUCUUUGGAGGCCAGAUAAGAGCUGCUACGGUGUACAUUCCUGUCUAUCUUCGACUACCGUGAUGGUAUUUAUAUGCAGACCUCAAGCACUACCCUGAAGGCACUUGAUUCCGUGUAUCACGCAGCUCUUAGGUUUAUUACUGACCAAAAGCGUCUGACACGCCACUGUGACCUCUAUAGUGCUGUCAGCUGGUCUUCGCUGACUCUACGUCGGCUUUAACAUUGGUAUGCUAUGAUCAAUAAGGCCAUUUUUGGAAGACUGUCACUUGAUCUCUGUUCUUAUUUGACAAGGUCAGAACAUAAAUACCAGUUACAGUCUCACUCCUACUUACUUCUAACGGUCCCUAAAAUCAGAACGGAUCAUUGCAAAAAAGUGUUUUAACUACUCAGCUCGGUGGUCUUGGAAUUCUCUCCAGAACAGCUUGAAACCCCAGGAUCUUCUUACUGAGGAAUGUGAUUGUCAUUCGGACUUGGUGCGGUGGUACAUUGGAUUUACUAGUUCAUCUAUGGCGCUUGUAUGUCUCUGUCAUUUAAAUGCAUUUGUGUCUUCCUAAAAACAAACCUAUGUGCCUAUGUCUGUAAGUUGUUACAGUUGGUCUGAUAUUUGUCCGUGGUAGUCCUUUAUUAGUGGACAACGGGUCACAACAAUAACCGUCAUUUCAGUCAUACUGCAUGAGGAGUUAUUGUACACCCGUCUAUUAAAUGGAUGUAUGCUUUUGCACACUAUUUGGGUUAAGAUAGCACUUUAGCGUGCCUUUCCAGUGUAUUAAUCCAGUUAGCAUUUCGUAGUUAGUCAAGCCUAACAUGGCGCCGGCGCAUGUUACUUCGGUGAUUGUGUUGUGUCCCACCCUUUCCGAUGUCUUUAUGGGAUUCAGUGAGAUUCCAUCCAUUCGGUUAUUAGUAAUGGUGUAGUCAUUCAUGUGUUAUUGCCAACUAGUGGUGCUUUAGUUUAAGCCUUUCAUGUGUAAUAACCUGUUAUAGUGAUGUCAUAUAGUCCAUAUUUGUCAUGCAAUGUCAUUGUAUAAUAGCUGUAUAUCAUUCCUGAUUUUGAUGGCACUUUAGUUAUCUGCUUCCUCCUAUAGGAAAACCACACAUACACACACAUCCACACACGCCUUCACACCCAAGUGUGCCUUGUGUCAAGCCGUAGCUCUGUACACGCUGUGCUGCCUUCAUACGAUGCUGUUACAUACGGUCUAUCUUGAAGUAAACUGCAAGUCAACUAUUCACUGUGUCUUCCCAUCAGUGCAUCCUGACCGAGGCCCAGAUGCAAGCACGCCCAUACCAAACCAGCAACCUAAGAAUAAUACACCUUUAGCCCUCCACUACAUUGUGGUCCGUUCAAACCUGGUUAAAGUGUUUACUCUGAUCAUCCACGGCGCCAUGCCUAACCUUAUCCUAGUUGUAGUACCUCAGCAGAGUAUUCACAGUAUUCACAGUAUGCACAGUAUGCACAGUAUUCACAUGGGAAAGAAAACGACCUUCAGCCUCUUAUUGAGGGAGCUGCCAAGACAACACUCCUCUCCACCCAGUCCCUUCCUCUCCAGCCAGGCCAGAUGGGACACAACUCCAGACGAGUGGGAGACCUUCAGAGAGUACAGGUUCGUCCCAGACUCCCAUCUGAGCCACGAGAACAGAGGGACAGUCUCACUCAGCUACGUGAGCAACAAGAAGAGACCUCAUACCCCAGUCCAUAGCUAGACUCUCUCCCACUAAGCCAGCCUCUACAGAGUCCUCAUCCUGAGGCAUCCCUGCAGCAGAGAGAGUUCUGCCGACACCACCACGGCCCGCAUCAGUGCUUGCUGAGCAUGUGGAGCCAUCACCCAAUGAAGAGGAUAAGGCUUGUGAUGGACAGUAUGACAACUGUGAGUUGACUGACCCUCCAAUGUGGCCUUCAGCAUGUGAUGAGUCACUUCUGCCUUGUCAUCAGAGUGGCACUCCAAGCCUACAGUGCAGCUACCAAGAGCCUCCUCCAGCAGCAGCUGAAUUGUCUCAGUCCCGGCACUCACCACACCUGUCUGAAGGAUAUUCAUCCAUUAGUGGUCCAGCUAAGAGACAUACUGUACCUACCUAUCAGCUCCCAAACAUUUCCAGUGUGGAGAACCAGCCCGCUGAUGGUGCCAGGGUGUAUCUACCUGUCCCUGCCACUGGUUCUCAUUUUGCCCUCAGCAUGGGUAUCCAUCCUGUUCCUGACAAGGUGUUCCAGUCUGCCACCGUUAGCCAACAGUAGCCUGCAGCCAGCUGCUGUUCCAGAGUGGCCACCCUCUCCAGCUACAGAGCAUCAGUCAGCAGUCAGCCAUCGUGGAGCUCUAGACCACCAGUAUCUCUUCCACCAGCUGUAGCCCAGGGAUCCUCAGCCCCUGUCCCAGUAUCUCUUCCACCAGCUGUAGCCCAGGGGCCACCACCUGUCUCUAAGCUAAGAGUCAUCCCUGUUCCAGUUAGGGGGGCUUCAGAAGCCAACAACAAGCCCCCACCUGCUCCUGAUGAGGCGCACAGCUCAUCUCCAGCCACGGUCCCUCCCAUGUUGCUAGGACUACAGUACUACAGUAAGUCUUACAGGUCCUCUUACAGAUUGUAUAUCACCAUAGUAUGUCAUACCGAGUGACCAACUGAAAGUGAACGUACAGUUUUGAAUAUAACUACUGUUCCCUAAAGGAGGGAGCGAGGUAUAACAUAUUUUGGCCCCGCGCCGUCAGGGGGUUUGGGCUUUCUGAAGAGUGGUACUGAAUUGAUGAAAUACAUGCGAGCAUCUGUAUUAUAGCCAGGAAGGCGGGGCUUCCGAGGGCUGUCUCGGCAUCAAUUGGCCCAUUGGGAGUGAUUUCAGUUUUCUUCAGGUGAAUAUGAUUGGUCGUUGACUCCCCAUAGUAUUUUUUUGCCUCAUUCCCUCCUUCAGGGAACAGUAGCUAUAUUCAUAACUGUACAUUCUCCCUCCUACUAUGUUAAUUCCUCAGGUUUGCUCCUCUUCGUACUAGGACCCCUGGGUGUGGCCUCAGUGGAAGCUCCCAGCAGCAGCCAUCAUGGUUCUCCUGCUCAUGUCUGUGACUGUGCUGCAUCUGCUCACUCUGGCCAUGCUGUUCAUCGCUACCAUGGAGAAGUCCUGGUGGGUCUGGACCGAUGCUGAGAUCACAGACCUCUGGUAUAACUGCAUUCAUGACAACGCAACGGGAAACUGGCUGUGUGCUGCCUCUAAUGAAAAUGACUGGUUGCAGGCUGUCCAAGCCCUGAUGGUCUUCUCUGUGGUCUUCUCCUCUAUCUCCUUCCUGGUCUUCCUGGGUCAGCUCUUCACCUUGUCUAAAGUCGGGCUCUUCUAUUUCACAGGCCUUUGUCAGGUCUUCGCAGGUUUCACAUCAUUUGCCGCCUCGCUCAUCUUCACGUUCCACCGUAAGGAGAUCCUGCAGGACUCUAGAGACCUAAGCAUGGGUCACUUUGGCUACUGCUUCAUCCUGGCAUGGUCCUGUGUACCCCUCCUGCUCUUCAGUGGAGUUCUGUAUGUCCACCUGCGCAAGAGGCAGUGAGCCAAGACUGACGUGAGGUCAAUCAGCAGCAUCAUUCAAUAUUACUUGGUACUGUCAUCCUGUUAUCACUCGACUGUGGUGAACAACAACAGAGACGCAAUGUACGAUGAAAGAGAGGUCUUUAUUUUCUCUGUAAUAUAUUUCCAAUGGGAUUUACAUACACUACAUUACCAAAAGUAUGUGGACACCUGCUCAUCGAACACCUCAUUCCAAAAUCAUGGGCAUUAAUAUGGAGUUGGUCCCCCCCCUUUGCUGCAAUAACAGCAUCAACU